GGUGACAAGUUUCUUGCCCUCUCUUACUUCGUGGCACCACAACGAGCUCAGCUCUGCCCUGCCUGGCCUUCGGUACAUAAUGGCAGCCUUUUGAUUAUCCUCCUGCUGUCCUGUUUCUGAGCCAGUUGGAUCAUCUGAACAAUCUACCCAAGUCGUAAGAUCAUGGGUAGCGUCUCAGCAAGUUACGGGGUGGUGACUUUCUCACCAAUCUUUUCGAAUCGUCUGACAUCUCCUGGGGCUAGGUUUGAACCCUGCCAUCCGUUAUCCCGUCGAAUUGUGAGAGCAAAAUGCUCUCAAGAAUGUCAGGAGAUUAUCAACAAAGCGAGCAAAGCUGUUCGGUGUGUCGGUGCGGCAUCGAUGGCAGCUGCUCUGCUCUUGACUUCUGCAACCCAGGCCACAGCUGAGGACCUACACGUAAGUACCGGGAGUAUGUGUGGUGACUUGGCCCUGGUGUCCGAAAGCGACAUGAUUCUGAAACUGGAACCAGGGCAGAACGCUUUUGAAGAAGGAACCACCGGUCCUUUUGUGAUGGGUGGAAUGAGCAUGAAGAAUUUCGAGCCUGCGCGAUAUGCAGGGCGUUGGUUCGAAGUUGCAUCACUGAAGCUUGGCUUUUCUGGGCAAGGGCAGGAGGAUUGUCACUGCACUCAGGGUGUGUAUACAUUCGAUGAGGAGAAUAGAGCGAUCAAAGUCGACACCUUCUGUGUGCAUGGAAGCCCAACCGGUUAUAUCACAGGAAUUCGCGGGAGGGUGCAGUGUGUUGCUGACGCGGACCUUGCAAAACUUCAGACCGACGUAGAGCGAAUGCAGAUGAUACAGCAGAAGUGCUUCUUGAGGUUUCCGAGUAUCCCUUUCAUUCCGAAGCAGCCUUACAAUGUCAUCAACACAGAUUAUGAAAAUUAUGCUCUUGUUUCGGGCUCAAAAGACACGAGCUUUGUACAGAUUUAUUCUCGUACACCAAAUCCCGGUCAAGAGUUCAUCGACAAGUACAAGAGGGAGCUGGGCGAUCUGGGAUUCAAUGCCGGCCUCAUCAAGGACACCCCUCAAGACUGUGAAGUGAUGUCCAUGGAGGCGUUGGAAACGAUGAUGGCACGCCCGGGUAUGGAGGAGGCAAUGACCAAUAGGUUCCCACCGCUGGAGCUUGCGUCCUCAGGCCUCGAGCUCAAUCCUUUCACCAGCUUGUUCGACACGCUCAAGAAGCUCGUACAAUUGUACUUCAAGUAGAUGAUGCACUGUCGGUGAAAAAAUCUCAUGUAUAUCAGUCAGUUGCUGUAACUUACCAUCCUCUCUCAGCUGUGCUUCCAGAGGUGCAGAGAAGCUUAUCUCGAACGCAUUGCAUAUUUUUCUAUCGAUGAAUAUACAUGAAUGAAUGAAUGAUUGAAAGU